UGUGAAACCUGUAGCCGCAGAAGCUGAAGUGAGCCACGUCUCGUUAGUAGCCACGUUCAUCUGGGGAAGAAGGGGAGCCAUGCUAGACCCCUUUAAGUCAUAGAUACCGACUCUGUAGCCACCAGGAAUGGAUGACUGAGGUUAUAUUCGACGAUACGGCUGCUAAUAAGAUCGACAAUGACUCGUAAAUGUGUCUUGAGGUGCGUUUUGUUGGUUGUCGGGUUUUUCCUGAUCCAGCCGGGGCCGGUAACUGCGUGGGAUGCAGAUUUGGAGCUGUUUGAUUUGGUGGAAGAAAUUCCACAAACCUUUUACGAGUUUAUGUCUGUUAGUCGGGAUGCUUCUUCAGCAGAGAUCAGGAAAGCCUACAGGAAACUUUCUCUCGUUCUUCACCCAGAUAAAAACAAAGAUGAAAAUGCUGAAACUCAGUUUCGUCAGCUGGUUGCCAUCUAUGAGGUUCUUAAGGAUGAGGAGAGAAGGCAAAGGUAUGAUGACAUCCUGGUCAACGGGCUGCCUGACUGGAGACAGCCUGUGUUCUACUACCGGCGUGUUAGAAAGAUGAGCAACGGCGAACUGGGCUUCCUGCUCUUCUUCAUUCUCACUGUGUGCCACUAUGCAGUCAUCUGGUCCAUCUAUCUAGAGAAGCAAUUGGACGAACUCCUCAGCAAAAAGAAAAAAGAGAAAAAGAAAAAACAGAGCAGCAAGUUAGCCGAGGAACUGAAAAAUACAGGAGAGGAGAAACAAGAGAGAUCAGAUAAACCACACUGGCAUGAUAUUCUACCCCUCAAAUUGAGUAUCUGGCUGUACUAUUCUAUAAAGUCUCUUCCUCAUGCUAUACAGGAUGUAAAGCAGUACUACAAAGAUUACAAAGAAAUGAAACAACAGGAGAAAGAGCAAGCGGAAGCCCUGAUGGAGCAAGAAACCCAGCAAAGAGAGAAACGACCCAAGGUGAAGAAACCCAAAGUUGAGUUUCCGGUUUACGAGCCUACUGAGUCGGCCUGUGUGCCCGCGUAUGAUCAAGGGACGUCUAUCGAGGACAUCGAAGAUCAAAUGGACUAUUGGCUGGAGGAUCGGAAACAGCAAAAAAAGAAAAGCCCAGAUUGGUCAGAAGAGGACCACAGCCUGCUGACCCGCUGCAUGGCGAAGUUUCCUGGAGGAACACCAGGCCGGUGGGAGAAGAUUGCACACGAGCUGUGCAGAUCUGUUGCUGAUGUUACAACUAAAGUAAAGCAAAUCAAAGACAACGUAUCAAACACAUCAGGGAUGGUAAAGCUUUCAGAGCUGAAGAGUUGCGCAGUGGUUGGGAAGAGUGCGGUCCCGGACAGUCUCAUGACCCAGCGUGAGGAGCUUGGGCAGCCAGAAGAACCCACCGAGCCUGAUGUGCCCGAGGAGGCCGAGAGCAAAAACGUCAGAAGGCGAGCCAAAAAAUCCACCGUUGGUACCGAAACUGGAGAUGAGAAAGUAAAGGGGCGCAGGCAGAAAGACUUUGAUCCUAAUGCCGUGGAUGAGGACAGUGAGGAGGAGAAGAAAGUACCCAAAGAAAAGUCCAGAUCAGCUGAUGAUGUGUGGACCCAGAACCAGCAGAGGCUCCUGGAGCUGGCACUGCAGCAGUACCCACGAGGCACUGCAGAACGCUGGGACAAGAUCUCCAAAGUGGUGCCUGGGAAAAGCAAGGAGGAGUGUAUGAUCCGUUACAAGCUGCUCGCUGAACUGGUGCAGAAAAGGAAGCAAGCAAAGAGUUGACAGUUCCGUCAUCAUUUCUCUCUUACUGUGCCUUAUCCUCACCCACCCAUGCCAUCCAGCUGCCUAACGUUCUGCUAAACCAGGAAACGUCAGUGUUGCAGAAAUGCAUUACUCUGUAUUAUCUACAACUGCACAUGUGCAGAAUGACUGGUUUUAUUAUUUAUUUCAUUAUUUUCUGCAGUGUUCAUGAACUGUUUCUUUAAAUAAUUUGAAGCAACAGGACGUCUAAAAGUCUUAAGAUGUUUGCCCGUGUUUUCUGAACAUCUUGUAUCUUCUCUGUUUUCAGAGACCCACAGUGGUGUUUUUAAUCUCUUAAUAAAUCAUACAGCAUUUUAUACAUCUCACGGUGCGAUAAAGCAGUGCACUGACUAGAAAAAUGAUCACAGUAGCAUUUUCACCAGCUUAUAAUGUGUUUUAGCUUGAAUUUCCUUUCAGCAGGUGUGUUGGCAACUUUACUUUGCCUUAAGGUGUGGGUAAAUGAAAAACUGUGAUUAUUAGAAAUGCAUGUUUUCGUUAGCCGAUGAACCUCGGUGCGAUGGUUUACAUGAGUUGCAGGUGUAAAUUUAUGUGGUGUCCAGUAAUGACAUGACAAGGUUCCACUACACCACUGAACAAACCUCAAUAAAGUAAUCGAGUCUAA